AUGCCUUCCCUGCCAAGUGAACAGGUUUAUUCAAAGCAGGCCAACGAGCAGCGACCACGAUUGGACGAAGACGUCCUUUUCGCACUAUUUGACGCGGGAGUGCGUGGCAGCAUAUGCUCCAAACCCAUUCGCUUGUACGCAGGCGUCAAAUGCCUAACUGAUCAGAACGCUCUCCGCCUGUGCGACCUCGCCCCUGCUACAUUCACACCAAACUACAUCCAAAGGUUCGAAGAGCAGGCAAAAUUCAUUCCGACUGUUUCCAGAUUCUUGGAGACUCUUCUCGGCGUUUCAGAGUCUAGUGCUCCACCACAGCAGCUCCAAGGAUCAGUUAACUCGGGGUCUGGAAGUCGUGACAGGGAGAGAGAAACUGCAGAAGACCUGCAGAAGGAUCUCUGCUUCACGAUCAUGAAUGGCGUGCGAUGUCACGAAUCUGCUCGAAGUCUCCGACCUUUGCGCCGUCCAAACGACAAAUCGCCUGAUUCCAUCUUGGACUUGUUGCAUCAUCCAAAUAUACCAGGCCUCUCAGAGACGGAAGCUAGGGAUGGGUUCGAGCUUGGAUCCAAGCCAGAUUUUGAUGAUGAAGCCAUGAAUCAAGACGAUGGUUGCAAUUUUUGCCUUAAAUUUGACGGCCAGACUAAUACAUCUGGGUGUUACGUCUACACAGUAACAGCAGAAGAUACCGAUGGCGAUCGUGGUGGUGCAACAAAAGAGUUACAUGAUGUGGAACUCGAAGGCGGUGGGUAUAGGCUAGAUAAAACCUACGACUGCCCGAUUGAACCCAACAGGCCUGCCCGUCUCCCACCUAACGAAAACAGAAAGUACUCGGACAGCAUGUCAGGGAUAAGUGAUGUGUCAAUGCUUCUGGCCUGCGAAGGACCUAUGAAUGAAGGACGCAUAAUCAGGCGGUCUAGUGCCAUUGGUUCGCCGGCCUGGCUUACUCAGAAUGUCAUCCGCAUGCAUCCGCUGAGGCAGCAACGCCAUGAGAAUCAUCGAGUGGACCAAGAAAACAGCCCAUGGAAGACGGACAGCUUAUAUGAGAGGCCUGACCUCGGCUGGUGGUCAGACACGAAUGAUGCAAGCGAAGUGCCCCUCGAAGACUGUCGCGACCACUAUACAAAGACUCAACUAGCCGACUUCAGCUCAUCUCCUCCUUCCUUCAGCGACGAAGGUUGGGUCCGAGACUAUCUGGACUUACAGUGCAACUCGGGCGAGCAGGGUCUUGUUGGUGGCAGGACAACACCCAUGUCAACAAGCCAAUCCGAGGAACAAUCGAACAGCUCAUUGGCGGAAGUACUUGGAAACGACCAUUUGUUGUGGCACAUGUGGAAAAGGCGUGCAAGCGUGGCUCCUCGAGGAGAAGAAGACAUCACCGACAUGAAGACACUGUAUGCCACAGAUCCAGACAUGAAGCUGUUCAGUUCAAGAUGGGACCUCGAUCCUAGUGACAUCAGUUCCGGAAGCAAUGACGACCCCAUGCUGCAAGAUCUGAGAGAUAGUCGAUCAUCUCCUCGAGACAAGGCUCACUCACCGAUGACACCCAAUUCAGAACGACGAUCCUACUUCACGCCAACACGGUCCUCAUCAUCCUCGACCUAUGUUGGGCGAUCAAGUGCCGACCCCAAGCGACGAUCAAGUCUCAUCAAACGUUUUACUUGGGGAGGCCGGCACAAUGGGUCCGAAGCACCUGCACUGGAUGUCAGCAAGCUGGAACAACGGACAAUGGAGGUCAAGAGGAGAAAGACGAUGGACGACUAUGAAAUGAUGGACAGAGAGGCCAGCAACGAUGACUCCAGUGACAUGCUGUUUCAAUGA